UCUCCGUCUCGCUGUCUGUAUAAUCUGGAGAGUGAGCUGGGGGCGGGUCGGUCCAGUUUCCCAGCACCGAGAGAGAAGGAGAAGGAGGGAGAGAGGGAGAGGAGAUUCCAAGCCCAUAACGCUGCCGGCUGCAAUUGACGGCGGGAGAAAGGGGAGCGGAGGGAAUUUUACCUCCAGAGAGAGAGAGAGAGAAGAAGAAGAAGAAGAAGAAGAAGAAGAAAGGAAGGAGAGCGGAUUGAAAGGGGAGGGAAAGGAAAAUCCUGCAGCGUGUUGGAGCUCGGAUCGCCGACCCUGAGCCGUGUCUCCUCGCCCCCCAUCACCAUGUCCAAGCUGCCGCUGCUGCUGCUGUGGGCGCUGCUCGCCGGCCUGGGCGACAUUGUAUCGAUGUAUCGCACAUCCAGGCAAACCCAGGACCUGGCAACACUAACAGACAUGGAAGGGUCAGGGUCGGAUGAUGAAGAUGAAGGAUUGUACUCUGGUUCUGGCGGUUCAGGAUACUUUGAUUACGACACGGAGCUGCGAUUUACCACCGGUCUGUCCCAGGCGGUGACAACCACACCAUCCGCUUCUGCCUUCAGCUCCAUCCAGCCCUUUGCCUUCACUUUCAGGAGCUCCACCCUGGCAGGUGGCAGUGGUGCCCGGGCACCUCCACCCACCUCCGCCACCCUCACCACCCAGAGGGCGGUGACGUCCGCUCCCGCCCCCGCUACCAUGCCGGCCACCACCGCCACAAUCGCCACCACCGCCACAAUCGCCACCACCGCCACAAUCGCCACCACCGCCACAAUCGCCGCCACCGCCACCGCCCGCCGGCCCACCGCCCACCGACCCACCAGGGUCAGCACCGCAGCAGCCACCACCUCCACGGCCACCACCGCCGCCAUCGUUCCGGACACCCGCGGCGGCGGCUACACCGUGGCCGUCGUGCCUCUCGCCACCACCGUCGUGGCGGUCACCACCAAGCAGAGCGCCGUCACCAGGCCGGGACCCGUGGCCCGGCCCGUCUCCACACCGGACACACGGGCACAUCGGCCAACGCUGGAGACGUUCACGGCAGGCACCAGCAAAACCAUCCUGUCCAUUCCUCUCAUCACAGAGAAAGCGAGCACCGGCGAUCGGGCGGUCGGCGUGACCAUCAACAACGAGGUGGAGGCUCCCGCAGCCGGGUUGCCGAGCGGAGACUUUGAGCUGACGGAGGAAGGCGAGGUGGAGAACACAGACGCGAACAACGAAGUGUUUGGUGCCGUCACACAAUCAAACGUCCGGGACACUGGGAAGAUCGGUCUGCCCGACGUUAUAGACAAUGCAAUAGACUCUGGCAGCUCCUCAUCAGCCGCUCAACUCCCCCAGAAGAACAUAUUGGAGAGGAAAGAGGUGUUAGUAGCGGUCAUCGUCGGGAGAGUGGUCGGAGCCCUGUUCGCUGCCUUCCUGGUCAUGCUGCUGAUCUACCGGAUGAAGAAAAAGGACGAAGGCAGCUACACGUUGGAAGAGCCAAAGCAGGCGAGCAUAGCUUACCAAAAACCUGACAAGCAGGAGGAGUUCUACGCGUAGACCCUUCCCGAGUGCCUCGGAAACUGUUCGGACUGUAAACAGAUCAUUCCCCUUUCAAGCAAAUUACGUAAGGAAGGGGAACCGCGCCAGAUGUCUCCUGAUUGAGCAGAGUCCUGCAAGCGAGCGAGUAGCAGAGUCGUGUUUUAAUGCUGGUCUUUUUUUCCCACUGGUGUUGUCCAAUUUACUGUCACUGUCCCAACCAAGACUUCCAAAGGGG